UUUUUUCUUUUUUUUUUUUUUUUUUUCCGCCGAAGCCGAGCGGGUGCUGCUAGCGGAGGCGCCAUAUUGGAAGGGACAAAACUCCGGCGACAGCGAGUGACACAAAUAAACCCCUGGACCCCCUCGUUCCCCCAGCUCUAAGGGCCGCGAUGUUGUACCUAGAGGACUAUCUAGAAAUGAUUGAGCAGCUUCCAAUGGACCUGCGGGACCGCUUCACGGAGAUGCGCGAGAUGGACCUGCAGGUGCAGAAUGCAAUGGAUCAACUAGAACAGAGAGUCAGUGAAUUCUUUAUGAAUGCAAAGAAAAAUAAACCAGAAUGGAGAGAAGAACAAAUGGCAUCCAUCAAAAAAGAUUACUAUAAAGCUUUGGAAGAUGCAGAUGAGAAGGUGCAGUUGGCAAACCAGAUAUAUGACUUGGUGUCUGCAAACUAGUUGGGAGGACAUGCCCACAGAGUAAAGUGAAGAGGCUAUACAGAAACAUGUAACAAAUAAAGAUUAAUGCAGCUGAAUAUUAAGGGAUAUCUGGUGAAAGACCAAACUAAAUCCCGCAGAGUUAAUGUUGAUUUCUUAGAGGGUGUGUAUGCAUUUGUACAGAAUUUAUUGAGAGGCUCAGGGGCCUGGAUUAGGUGUUGUAUUGAGGGAAAAACAUUUCACUCAGAGAUAAUGGAUAAACAUAGAAUGAAAAUAAAAAUUAGUAAAUUCUUUGAGGAAGAUAGAUUACUUAGGCUGGAGAGUAAAGUAGUAAAAGGUGAUGUAAUAAAUUUAAUAAAAUGUAAUAAAUGUAAUGAAAAGCAGGUGUCCAUAAUGGAUCCAUACAGAUGUGAGUUCAGCCACUUCACGAACAGCAGAACUUUGGAAAAGUUAUUUAAUCCCACAACCUGUUUUCUUAUCUGUAAAAAAAAGUAUUAAUUUGUGCCUUAAGGGGAAUUUGAAUCUCUCUCUCUAUUUAUAGCCACACACACACACCUAUAUAGAAAGAGAUAGAUGUAUAUGUGUAGAUCUGCCUAUGUAUGCACACAGUGCUCUUAGCUUGGCAGGUAGUAGGCCCUCACUCCUUUAAAGACUCACUCCAUCUUAUUUCUCUAACUGGAAUUUUCUACUUUCCUGAAGCCAUUGCUUCCCUUUCAGCUCUACCAAGUUAAACCUGUUUUUUCCCAUUCCCUCUGUUUCUAGGACUGCCUUUUGUUUUUUCUUUACUCUUUUCCUCUCUUUUCCCUUCCCUUCCCUCCUUUCUCUUCCCCUCUCCUUCUCUUUGUUGUGUUUUUCUUCUCCCCUCCUCCUCCGCUUCCUUCCCUUUUUAAUACUCCACUGCUAUUUCAGGUGACCAUAAUAUUCUUAAUAUAAAAAUCUAUCUUCUUUGGGACUUAAUGUUAAUCACCUGUAUUAUCCUUUCACCUUUGUGGACGUUCUCAAUCUCCUUUUUGGAUGUUGCUCAUAAUGGCUACUGUUCCUCAGGCUUCUGUCCUUGACCCACAUUGUUUCUUACCCUAUUCAAGUGGGUCUCACAUAGAGGUAACUCUCUUCCCAUUUUCUACCCCAGCUCCAGAGGCAGUAAGACCAAAUACCACAUGGUGAAAAACUGUUCUAUCAAAUGCCAGUUUUACCUCCCUCAUCCCCACACACACCACCCAAGUUGAAAAACAUUCCUCCAGUAUUUUUCUGUGUGUAUUUUUAGCUUUAAUGAUUAUAUAAUAAUUAUUCCUCAAGCUCAGACUUCUCUGAGUCUAUUUGUCUUAUCAGAGAAUUCCUAGGCCCUGGAACUCAGUGUAUUAAAACUUAACUCUUAGCCUCUCCCUUUACUUCUUUCACUAACAUCACUUAUCAUGAAUAAAUAAUUAUUCAAAUGUUAAAGACAAUUAUGCACCCUCCUUGUGCUUGGUUGGUGUGUGGCACCAUAUUGCCAGAGCAGCUUGUGGUGUCAAACACUUUAUACAAGUAAUUGCAAUCGAACAUAAGGGAAUUAUUGACUUGUUCAGUAGGGAGGUCACUAAAUGGAUUUACUGUCUCAAAUUAGUUAUGCUCCCUGAAAUAUCAACAGUAAACAUCUGACUGAAAGUCUUUAUAAAUAUUAAACAACAAUUAAUUUCCUGUAACAUUUAACAUUAGAAUUAACAUUAGAAUGCUGCAUGCUUCAGAGGUGAGUGGAUGGGACAUAGUAUAAGUAUAAAACUACAGUAAUUUUUAUUCAUAGGUCAUUUGCCCGAUCUUCUGUUUAUAUAAUUCUACAUAUUGGGAGAGUAUAACUUUGAUCCAUUCAGUAAAUAUUUAUAGAUCAACUCUGAGCAGUCACUGGUGCUGGAUGGCCAGUAAUGACACGGACAGGUAAUGAAUACAGGCAAACUAUUAAAGAUUAUUUUAGAUUUUGAUAAGUGCUAUGAAGGAAAUAAACGUUGCAGAGAGAAGGGAAAAGAACGAAUAACUAGGGGAGGCUGUUAAGAGUAUAGUCAGGAUGAGUGUAGUCUAAGAGAUGACAUUUGAGGGGGUACUUGGAAAAUGAGAAAGAGCCAGCCAGGUAAAGAGCUUAAGGAGGAACAUUUCAGACAGAUGAUGUACCAACUGCAAAAUCUAAGGUGGAAAAGGGCUUCACAGGUUGAACCAGAAAAGAAGCCAUUGUGGUUGAUGCGUUGUGAGAGGAGGAGAGUGGUGUGGGAGGAGGCAGACAGCAGCAGGCACGCACAUACAGGGCCUUAUAAGCCAAUGGAGUAGUGUGAGCUUGAUCCUAAAAGUAGUGGGAGGCCAGUGAAGGAUUUUAAGCAGGGCAGUGAAAUACACCUUAGAGGAAGUUGUAUGUGUGCCUUUGCUUAAACAUAUUACUAUGCUAAUUUCAAGUGAGUGUGUAUUAUUUUUACAGAUUGUAAUAUACAAUAAUUUUGUAUAUAAUUGUGUUUGAUUUCUCCCCUCAGUGUUUUAUACCUCAUGGUAUUUCGUUGUAUUAUUUUUCAUUAAAAUAUUUUGAAGUCAGUAGUAAACUUUCUAUUCCUAUGACCAGCACUGUACCUCACUGUACCAGAUUGCCUAAAUAUCCACAAGGGCAGAAAUCUGUAGAAUUAGUUCAAUAGAAUAAACUGACGAUUUAUUUCAGUAGCUGUUUUAGUGAAAUUUGACUGAAAGAAAAAAUUUAUCCUAUUAAAAUAAUUUCCUCUAGAAUCCUGAUACUCAUAGUCAUUAAACAUUUAUUUGUGUUCCUCAGCCAGAUGUCACUGUCAUAAGGCCAUAUUAGAUUACAAUACCUAAUAAAGUUGAUUUAUGUAUACUCUGA